CGUGUAAGUGGGUGUAGGUCGCCGCUUUAGCUCUUUGCAGUUCACUCUUGGCGUCCAGAGUGACGUACAAGUUAGGUGGUAGGUACAACGGAAAUUCCAAACAUAACUACUCUACCCAAGAAUUGAACCCGAUAAUUUGUAUUGCCUGAUUGAAUGCCAACACAUUCAUUAUAGUUUGUGUACCACAGUAGCCUUAAGGUAUUUGCAUCACCGCAACUGUUUAAUAACUCGAAUAAACAAAAGUUCAAGAAGAGUUAGUUAACAGCUGCGGCGGUCUCCGAGAAAUAAAACGGCUUCCUCUGCACUCAUCCAAGAAACCUAUCGCCAUCUCUACGUCACGCCGCAAAUGACCAAUCGGAAGUCUCCAUUAGUGCCUCGAUUGAUGUGAUCUACUGCCAACUAUUAGGUGCGAAAUAAUCCACUCGUCUGCUACUCUGAACGUCUUCGGACACUAUGUGAUUUGAAACAUUUGCACUAUUGUAAUUGUUGUAUUUUUCAUCGAAUAACCCUUUGAGGUACAAACCACUUAAAUGUACGUAAUUUUACUACAAUCCAUGCAGUUUUGGGUGCGAUAGUGUAAUUUGGCAGAGCCAAUAGCUUAUGCCAUCGCUGAGUGACAUCACGAAGCUAGUCGCUUAUUGGUCGGGCUUCUCUUACGCAUCGUGUAGGUCCAAUAGCUUAUGCCAUCGCUGAGUGACAUCACGAAGCUAGUCGCUUAUUGGUCGGGCUUGUCUUACGCAUCGUGUAGGUUGCCUUCUGGCAGAGCAUCAUUGCCCGGUCAGCUUCGGAGAAGGCUGUUCGUGAUUUUGUUCUGCUUAUGUCCCGUCCGCUUACAUAUUAUCCCAGUGUGUGGUGCUUCGCUUUAAUUGCACUUCUGUGAACAUACAGUGUGAGUGAUCCUUAUUCUACUUCAUUGGAAAUUGGUGAUCGUUGUUAGUUAGGCUAACCGCAAUCGUGAAUUACCUUAUAUAAUCUGUCUUUAGUGUCUUAUUUAUAUUCGUUGAUACUCAUGCUAUUGCUUGAACGGCUUGUAAUUAAUAGCAUACUUGAAGCAUAGUUCUUGGGAGCUGUAAAGAGAAUCUCACUACUUCACCUAAUCGUUGCUGACAGCGAUAUCUGGAUUUUAACAUCUUUAACUUUUUUCUGAAGUCCGUGUUGAAUCUUCACAUGUAAUUGUGCUAUUUUUGCUUGACCUGAGUUCGUGAGCUGAUUUACUUAACCAUCGCCUGAUCCAGUAAAUUGGUUUGAACAACAUUAUCAUUUAUUUUUUUAAUCUGUAUCAAACUAUACGGGACUUGCUCUCCAAGUUAAAAAGUGAGCUGAUGCAAAUCUAGUGUAUUUUUGAUAACAACACUCGUUUCCCUUCAUAUUGCAACAUGAAGGAGAAGGUUGAAAACGUUCCUGCCAACUACCCAAAUUCGCUGAGGCCAAACUCUAGUUACGCAUCAUCAGCUUCAUCCACGUCUUCUUAUGCGUCCACUCAUUCGUGUGCAUCUUCCGCUGCUUCUUCGUGCUCAGGCUCCGGUUCCGAGAAAUCUUCCUCAUUUUUGCACUCCAAUGAGGGUAGACUUUUAACAGAGGCGAAUCAGCCUUUCGAGUACCCUGCACAGCAAUACCACACUCUCAGACGAUAUCCUAGUGAGAGCUCCUCUCCUCCAAAUUCUCAAUCCUUCACCCCAGCUUACACACCUGCCACUGGCAGCACAGAUUAUGCUUCAAUUUCAAUCAAAUAUAAUACGUUGUCAAGGGCCACUCCGGCUAUACGAGGCCCUGGUGUCUUUAGAAACGCCCCGACGAUAAGCACGCCUGUACCAACAAACUUCAGACACAGCGUCAUCGACACAGCCGCUACACCAACGGCUCCUACGCCUAACUUUGGCGAACACGUUUCCAUGCGGCUGGGCUCGAGCUAUAGCAUAGCCAGAGUUAACCAUGACGUGGGAGGCGUCGCUGCCUUGAAUGGCGAUAGUGGCAUGCGAGGAGUGUCUUCUCUAGGUGAGGUGACAUCAUCGAAGCACCGGUCCCCUCACUACGCUUCUACGCCACAUCUCUUCGUGUUCCAGACUCCUGAUGAUGACGAGAGCGAAGAUAUUGAUGAUUCCAAUAUGUCUCAAAUCACGAAAUGCAACACUUUAAAGAACACCAGUACAACUGAACGUGUUGAAACGCAAAAUUUCUCCAAAACUCUUCCAAGGCCGACUGCUGCACAGCCAAGCAAUGAGCCAAUCUAUUCUUCUACUGUUGAUAUCAGGAAGGACGUCAGCCGACGAGAGGAGGCGGCUGCUGGUCGCAUCACCGAGCUGUACGAGGCUCCAAGGGCUCUAAGUGCAACACGCCGGUCGUCGUCCUGCAGUAUGAUCGACCAGGACAACUUCGCUGUGACUAACCAGGUGGUCGCUAGGAUAGAGACCUCCUUCAGGGGACACAAGACUCAAGUUUGGGUGUGCAGGACUAUGGCCAACCUCUACACUGAAGAAGGGGACGGCAAAAAUGCCAAGUGGAAUCUCAAGUUUACGGGUGUGCCAGUAAUUCUCCUGGACUUGGGCGAGACAAAGAGUAGGGCUAAGCGUCAGCUGCAGAUCAUUCUAGCUGAGAAAGAGAGUGGGUUUGAACUGUGGAAGGACGUUGUAGAUAAUUUGACUUCUUACAAAGUUCAAGAGCCUCACUUCCACACGAUGUUCUUGUCUUCUGACCACAGACGUAAAAUUGGUUUAUCGUAUAAUGAAGGCGAUGCUGCAAUGGCCUUCCAUAAACAGUUAGAAACUCUGACGUCUGAUCCGGAAAAUAUUUCAUUAUCUGCUCCUGGUAAGAAAAAGAAGCUCAAGAAUAAAGAAAAAUUGCCUAAGUACAAAGCUCCUCGCAAAAAUGAUAUCUCAAUGCCGUGCAACUUUCAUCACGUUACGUCGGUGGAUCCGGCUGACCGGAUUAGACUUUAUUCUCUCCAAAUAUGCAGCAAGAACCCGAAUAUCUUAUCACAAGAACCUAGCAGAACCUUGAGUCUUCCGGUCCAUGAGCAACCUGCACCCACAGCUGUGUAAAAUUAACUUGUUAUCCAAUAGUAUCUAUAUUUUCGUCAAUUAAAUUUAAUCAUUUCUCAUUCAGCGGCGCCAAUCUAUGUUUGAUUUUGUGGGCUGCAACUUGAAAUUUAAGUUUGCCAGUUAGAGGAGGAUCAAUACUCAUCUUAAAACUUUAUUUCGCAUAUGAAUUAUAAUAAUGCCUCAAAUUUCGGCUUGUAUCUCCAGAACAUUCGAAACGACAGGUCUAGCGGAGAGCGCUAACGACGUUGCGCCACCGACCUUUUGUCCCAAAUGAGGCAUGCCGAUUAUUUUUUUAUCGGCUGUUCUCUGGAAGUUCUUAUUGCGUAAUGAGAUGUUGAUUUAACUAGAUAUUAAUUAAUUGUAUUUAUGCAAGCACCUUGAGCAAAGGCUGUACUUAGCGAAUUUAUCAAACAUUAAUUGAGCUCAUUAAAUUUCGAAGUAUACGCAUCAUUCUAAUGAUGUUUGUGACGCUCGUACCGCGUGAAUGUCUUGACGCCCCAACAGUGCUGCACGAUGAGACAAGAAAACUUUAUAAUAUUGUUGAACUUUUUAUAAAUAAUUUAAAAUCGUUUUGGAGCAUUGCCGAUUGGACAGCUAACAUUAAUAUUUUAUUGUAAUAAUAGCCUAGCCGUUUGAUGAUUGCUCAUGAUUUCAUAGUUAUUCGUUCUAUACGGUAUAUGUGAUAGGUAGUUUGUUGAAUCAAAUGAGUGCCAAUGUACAUAAAUAUCGUUAUAAUGUUAUUGCUGCUAAAGUGCAUCGUGUACUGUUGGACUAGAGUGCUACUCCGUUCCUCCGUUUUCGUUGCCAAUUUUCAAGUUUUGUAGAUUUCUUUCACUGUUUUCUGUAUUAUGAAAUAGCCAACAGCUAAAUAGUAACUGAGGGCAAAACUGGAUAAACUUAUUACGAGACAUUUUAUAAAAUUAUUUAUUUCCGUAAUUAGAAUCUCAAAAUUUCGUGCGAAUUGCCAGCUAAGUCGUAAGCUGUACAACUUUAAAUUUGUACGAGUUAAAGGGCGGAAAAUACGCGCUUAUUCUGCAUCCGGCUACUGUUAUGAGAUAUUUUUGCAGUUUCAACUCUCAAGUUUGCUGGCAAAUAUUGUCCUCUUAAACAUAAUUUUAGAGUCUCGCUCUCUUAUUCAGAACAACAUUCAUUUUUUAGUGCAAAUAAGUUUGUAGGGGGAAAGGAAAGUAGCUGGUUUAAAUUAAGCAUCGGUUAAUGCGAUGUAUUUUAUUUUAAUCGUUCAUCACUAUCACAUUCACUGUUAUUCCAACUAUCACUAGUGAUUUCGUCAAAUUAUCACUAUUUCAUUCGGUAAGGAAGACAAACAUGCAUGAAGAAAUUCUCGAUGUUCUUGAUUUCAUGAAUUAUAUCAUGCAAUUUAUUGGCUGUCCAUACUUUGAAAAUGCAACAAAUAUUACAACUUUUUUCAUAUAUAUGUACCAUAAACUGGUAUGUUGGGGGGAUGCUUGCAACGAUGCUGUGUCACAUGCAAUUUGUUACGCGUAUAUACGUUGUUAUUGUUCAUAGCUGCAGCUUUUUCUUAGUGUAGUGUUACUCGGUAAUCUUUGUAAUAUUUAAUGAUUUAAGUGAUUAUAAAUGUGUCUUGAAGGUCGCUGGAACAUGAGGCAUGUAUCAAAAGGACGGUGUUUGAUAAGUGUUGGAUGAUCUCUAUCCGUAGCUAUAGAUAGCUGGUCUUCGAGAUACUUGAUAAGGUUAUAGUCUUCAAGUUAUUAUCUAUACAACGUUAAACCUUCGUAUUUGCUUGUUAUUUUAGCCAAGUAAAUUUGCUGCGAUGUACGUUGGUGCUUUUUUAGGUUCAUUUAUCUUAUAUUAGCCCAAUUCCAUUAAUUUAUACUCAAAUUUUAUACUUGGCUUUACGCUGUCAUCAUUGCUGCCUUUGUUUGUAUGCAUCUUAACCUAGCUUUUUAUCGUGUCUAUAAAUUUCUUUAAUCGUU